AUGCCCGCUGCUAAGAAGCAGCAGCUGUCCUCAGCAAACCGUGUCUCACGGCCGGCCUACUCUCCGUCCACGUCCUCUUCGUCGUACGAGAGUUCGUCGUCUUCCCAGGAAGGGAGCCCCGACUACGAUUCGCCUCGGCCCGUCUCGUCGAGAGCGUCCCGCUCCUGCGACCCGGUGAACGUGAGCCCGGCGCAAGUGAGCCCACCGUCGGGAUGGUACGGCAACCCUGGAGUCAGGCCUCCGACUCUCAGUGCCCCGGAUGUCAGAAACAGAAGGACCGACGACGAGGUCGGUCGCUGGCCGCUUCCGGCGUCCGCCGUGACGGCCACGUGUUCACCGCGUGCCAAGACUCCAUUCCGGGUCACCUCGGCCGACAAGUUGCGCGGACAGCAGCAGCAGCAGAUCCAACUGGCCGCGGCCGGAGCCGGCGAAGCGCAGCAGAUGGAGCAUUCGAGCACCCACGUCGACACCUCCAGCUCGUGGUGGCUCCUGCCCGUGAUGGUAUUCGGUGCGUGCGCGGGCCUCGUCUUGCUCGCUGUCGCCGCUCUGGGCACCACGUACACCUACCGCUCUGUGAUCGCGCGCUUCGCUGGCCAAGCCGUCGGCCUUCUGUCAGGCGUUCCCGAGUACAGCGAAGACCGGGACGACGUGGCCGACGACGGCGCCAACGGACCGAGGCCCCGGAUCUGGUGCUUCCUGCGACGCCUGGACACGCCGUCGAGCAAGACGUCGUCCGGCGGCCACCGGGGCGCUAGCGUCGCACCCAAAGGCCUGUGCUCGGCGCUCGUCUACCAGGGAGCCCGGGUCGUGUGGCGAGACGCCGAGGCUAGCAUCGACGUCACGCAGCCGUCCGAUGAGGAUGCUCUGCGGAGACUGGCUGCCAGGCGGGACGUGGACCCACUGCUUGAAGUCUACGUUCACGUGUCAAGCGACCAGCAGCCGGUAGCAGGCUCGGCUCUUGCCGCCCCCUUGGCAUCGGCCAGCGCUCGCUCCCCUACGUCGUUGUCGCCUACGUCACAAGCAGCUUCCGCAGCUCCACAUUCCUCCGCUACCACCAAGGAGGCGCUGCGGUCGCUCCUGCGCUCCCCACAGGGCACCACCGAGGUGUUCGCCAUGCGCACGGCCCGCUGGUUGGUGGUGCACCACCUGGACGGUCUGGUCGUGGAACUUGGCAGCGCCGUCAGCGGAGUCACCACCGAACUCAUCACGCGUCUCGCCGAGAUGUGCCAGCGUCAGCUCGGGCGCAUGGGCAAGUCGUUCACGCUGGUGCUGCCGGAGUCGACAACGCUUUUCGCCCAGUACGACCUGAAUGCCCUGCUCACCACGAGGGGCCUGUACCCAAUCCAGCGGACCCACCUGACCAGUGACCUCAGGCGCGCCAGCUGUCCAGCGCCCUUCAAAGGGGCGUACUUUGGAAUUGAGCACAUCCUGAACCGCACCCGUGCGGCGCUGGGACGGGGCCACCGACGCCAGGGCCUGUCGCGCAUCUUCUUCAGCGUCAGCCUGCUCGGGGCGCACUUCCUGCUCGACAGGGAACCCGCGCCCAACGAGAGCGUCGCCUUCGCGCCGGCGAAGUUCCAGGGAUUCAUGCCCUACUCGCAGGUGUGCCAGCUGAUGAUGUCGGGCGGGUGGAACGCACGCGCCAACCUGGAGACCGACUGCACCGAGGCGACCCGGGGACCCCAGUGGGUGUCCUCCAUCGCGCCUUUCUCCGGAAACUGGAUUAUCGGCCUUAAGGGCGCGAUUCGUGGUCUUGCCGUCUUCGACGUCGACGGCGACGACCGAGACGGCCACUGUGGCGAGAAGCACGUCCUCUUGAAGAGGCUCAAGGACCUGCUGACCUGA